AUGGCUGAGAUGGCCGACGAGCUAUCCGCUAAUGCAGAGGACCUUCAACAGCAACGCGCCAACGGUGCUGCGACUGAAAUUUCUUUCGACUACUUUGUCCGACUUCUCCGACGAGACGACGCUCGUGAAAGACUGCUCGAAUUCGUCUAUGACACCAACUUCAGGGGUCUAUAUGUGGCAACUCGACCUUCUGCGCUUUCGACAGCCUCAGUUCCGAGCGUGACACCUGCUUCAGACCAUGUCCCAAUAACAGCACCUCGUUCACAAGUACCAGUGUUGCCGAGCUUGACCCCUAGUACGGACCCACCUACUACACCUCAGCCCCAGCCAGCGAUAUUGACCCAGAUAACGGAGGUAAUGACCCAGGACGAAGCCCCGGGCUCGGUGGGCAAACCAGACGAGGACUCUGACAGCGAACUCGAAUACGAUGAAUGGAUCGAAGAGUAUGUUCCUAAGAGACCGAAAGUUCGAGAGUAUGAGCUACUCCCUCUCGAUCAAGCAAUCAUCGUGGACGGAGGCCAUCCCAACUGGCCGGCUGUACAGAAGGCUAUCAAGGAAGUGGAAAAGAAGCGUCGCGAGCGUGAGGAACGUGAGGAACGCGUUAGAGGCCCGAUUCUCUUGGAAACCGCGCUCAAAGAACAUACCGGAGGCCUGAAGCGAAAGCAGUUCGACAGCGUCGACGAACCUGAUGAUGGGGACUCGCAGCCGCCUCAGAAGAAAGCGAAGGAUGCAUCCUUUACUGAAACUUUUGAUACGGUACGGGUCAUUGAUCCAAAGGGCGAUACUGAGGUACCCAGUAAAUUCCCGCUGAAGCCAUCCAAGACAGCUAUUGGCACGCUUGAUGCUAAUCCUUCUGUACAUACGAUCGAUAAGAAAUCUCCGCCAUCGGUGGCGACCGAGGCUAGUACCUCAGCUGCGCAGGCACUCAACGAUACAGUGGUUGCAGACAAUACUACAUCUCACGCCGAAUAUGUUGACGAGACGCCAGAAGCUGAGGAAAGUCUUCUACAGCUCUCUAAGCAGGACGCCACCCUGCAUGCAGUUCCUGCGCCUCCAAAGUCCCCAAGGGAACCUAACAAUGAAGUACCUGUAUCUUCUCAGGCUUCUGAACAAGAAGAUGCAAGCUCAGCGCUAAAGCAGGUGAGUACAUUGACACCGUGGCAACCCCCUCCGGAGAUAGAGAAUUUAAGACUCUCUAAGAACAUCAAUCUCCAUCCCUCAAGGCAACUAUUAGCUAAAGUCACGAAGCCUAGGAAAGAACCGUACGUUUUCGCCGGUAAGCGCCCAUCGAAGCGAAAGGCAGCACAAGAACCUGAUGAAGAAACUCGCCCCGCCAAGCGCCGAAACAAACAACCGGCGAAAGAUGAACAGGAUGCUCGCCCUGCAAGCCAACGCAGCAAGCGGAAGGAAAAGGUCGACGUCCAACCCUCCCGUCGGUCGACACGACUGAAUAAAGACAUUUCCUCCGAACGUGAAGAAACCCUUGCGCCCAAUGCUCCACAAUCCGUUGCACCCGCCCACGAGCCAAACUUGAACAUGGCUCCUGCUGCUGAGCUAUCUUCCAAGCCCGCAUCUCCGCCCCGUCGACUGGUCACGGUGACCAAGAAAGAGGGCUCGAGGCCGCGGUUGAUGGUAAAGAUUAAAAUCAAUCAAGCGAAGCUGGCUAAGGCUACGCGCUUGACUCAUCCGUAA